CUUCUUCCUCCUCCUCCUCGCCGAGCGCCGCAGCCGGCCAUGGGCGAGCAAGCCGACGAGGCGCCGCUGCUGUUCUGGGCCGAGGGCCCCGGCGUGUCUCUGCCCGAGGAGGCGCCCCGGGAGUCCGGCUGGGGAGGGCCUUCCAAGGGGGCAGCCGCGUGGAAAGGGGCGCCCGGCUCGGUCCCGGCAGAGGCCGCUUCCUCCGCCGCCGAGCAGGUGGAGCAGGACCAGAUCGUGGCCGUGUUCGUGGUCACCUUCGACCCCCGGACAGGUAAUAUGGUUGAAUGGUGUUUACCACAAGACAUUGAUCUGGAAGGCGUCGAGUUCAAGUCUAUGGCCAGUGGGUCCCAUAAAAUUCAGUCAGAUUUCAUUUAUUUCCGAAAAGGAUUGUGCUUUGGUUUGGCCUGCUUUGCAAACAUGCCUGUGGAGAGCGAGGUAGAACGUGGUGCUCGCAUGAAAUCUGUGGGUAUUCUUUCUCCUUCGUAUACCCUGUUAUACAGAUAUAUGCACUUCCUGGAGAAUCAAGUCAGGCACCAACUGGAGAUGCCAGGACACUACUCUCACUUAGAAGCAUUUUAUGAUGACAAGAAAGGUGUUCUCCCGGCUGGCACCCCUGCUUCCCAGCAGCCCAUCCACUGGUUGCCUUCCAUCCAUAGAUACAUGUACCCAGAGAUGAAGAUCACACAUCCUGCAGGCUGCAUGUCUCAGUUCAUCAAGUUCUUUGGCGAGCAAAUCCUUACUCUCUGGAAAUUUGCCUUGCUUCGGAAACGCAUCUUGAUAUUUUCACCACCUCCUGUUGGUGUGGUCUGCUAUAGAGUUUAUUGCUGCUGCUGCCUUGCUAAUGUCUCCUUGCCUGGAAUUGGUGGGACUGUCCCUGAGUCAAAGCCUUUCUUCUACGUCAAUGUGGCUGAUAUUGAAAUGCUGGAGACAGAAGUGUCCUAUGUGGCUUGCACAACAGAGAAAAUCUUUGAAGAGAAGCGGGAUCUCUAUGAUGUCUAUGUGGAUAACCAGAAUGUGAAAACACACCAUGAGCACCUGCAGCCACUCCUGAAGAUUAACAGUGCAGACAAGGAAAAAUACCGGAGGCUUAAUGAUCAGAGGCAGAUGCUGAUGUACUCCCAGGAAGUCGAUGGGGACUGUAGUUCUUGUGAAGAAGACCUCUUCAUCCUGUUCUUCAUGGAGCAGAACAACCGGAUAUUUCAGACUCUGAUGGAGGUGUCGGCGAGCCAGGACAAGACACUGACAGCGGACCAUGCCCGGGGAAUGGGCUUGGACCCCCAGGGGGACCGUAGCUUCCUUAUGGACCUGCUGGAAGUCUAUGGCAUUGAUGUCAUGCUGGUCAUUGAUAACCCUUGUUGUACUUAAAACAGAGGAUGCCCAAAGGGUGAGAAAUGCAGAACUCAUGAGCGAGGGGAUGGCAGCAACUCCAAAGACUAUGGGAUGCAGGAGGGCAGCUUCACUGGAACUCACCGCCACUUGUGUCAUGAAGGAUUGCCUUUUAUUUAAGAGAAUUCUUUAGAGAAAGUGUUAUUUAUCUGAAUAUAUUUUUCUCCUGUGGACUGUCAUUUUCAGAUAUACCACAACCAAGAUGUGAUAUAUGUCCUCCUGGAUAGACUGUCCGACCAUUCUUUCCCUCUUUGGGUUCUGUUGACGGUUUUCCUUCCUGUCCGUCUCAUUUGCUCAUAAAUAACCCAGCAUAAGCAUC